AAAGGUACAUAGAUUCGGGUGAAAGAUGAUGUUUACGAUACGAUACAUGCAUGUAAUUUAACUUUAACUGUUGACUGACUGAAGUCGGGGAAUUUGUUGAGUCAUCAAACACAAAAUAUUCGAAUCCUGAUACAGUGAAGUGACACUGAUACUACUGGUCUUUUUCUCUUCCUUUUCAAAUUUGAAAGGACAAUGCCAAUUCCCAAGAUUACAGAGGAGGAAGAAGAAGAAGUAGAGACGGAAUCUGAUGGAGAAGAGACCGAUAGUGAGAGUGAAUGGGAACAAGGAGAGAAAUCGAUAACACAUUACACAUCAUCACAUAAGAUACUAUUAGUAGGAGAAGGAGAUUUCUCAUUUGCUCUAUGUUUAGCAAGAACAUUUGAGACGGCAUACAACAUGGUCGCCACAUCUCUCGAUUCUCUCGAAAUCUUAGGAAAGAAAUACAACAACGGAAUACAGAACGUGAGGGAAUUAGAAGAAAGGGGGUGUAUUGUGUUACACGGGGUUGAUGCGACUCAAAUGAGCCAACAUUACUUCUUGUCUACUCAGAGGUUUGAUCGUAUUAUCUAUAACUUCCCUCAUGUCGGGUUUAUGUUUCCUGAAGAUAGUGUUUGUCAAAUCAAGCUGAAUAAGGGGCUGGUAAAAGGGUUUUUAAUGAACGCGAAGAAGUUGCUGGUAAUGAAGGAAGGGGAGGUACAUGUUAGUCAUAAGGAAGGGGUGCCUUAUAGUCAGUGGGAUUUGGCUAAGAAGGGUAGGAAAAUCGGGCUUGUGUUGCAUCGAAAGGUGCCCUUUCGUAGGACUGAUUACCCUGGUUAUUCAAACAAGCGCGCUGAUGGGUACCAUGCUGAUAACUCAUUUCCGUUGUUUCUUGCUUCCACCUUUAUAUUCCGCCCCAAGUAGGCGGGGAUGGGGGAGGUUUGGCGGGUGAUGGGCCCGCAAUGGGUGAUGUGGCAGGUGUGGAUUUUGUGUUGGACCCGCUCCAUCCCGGCCCGGCCCAUCCCCGCAUGCCCGUCCCAUCCUUGCCCGCCCCGCUUCACGUGUAAUUAGGUGAGUUUUCGAGGCUUCUUCCUGCAUUAUGAUAACUUGUGAAUGGUUGGGGCUGCUGAAAAUGUUGUGCACUAUGUUUGUACUCAUAUGAGUAAUAUCCUUGUGUUUGAGAUUAGUAUUGUAUGGUUUCGGAUUAACAUUUAUGUGAGAUAAUUAUUGGUAUGUGACUCUUAUUAUUCAUUGAUCAUUGACUGAUGGAUAAUUUGCAGUGGGUUGUUCAUGAUGAA